AUGGGCAAUGUGUGCACAUGGAGACAAGGGAAAGGAAUUCCUGGCGAACAGAACGCAUCAACCAUGAAUGACCAAGAUAUACAGAAGCAAUUCGAGAAGUAUGAAGAGAGUGUAAAGAGGAACAGCAAGAAAAAUAUCCUCCGAGAUAAAUCCAAGAGCAGUAUCGAUGGAGGGAAAAGCAAUUUGUCCAGUUCCUCCUCAAUGAAUAAAAGGGAAGACGGAGACUCUCAAUAUAAGGCAGCGCAUAAUGAUGCCCAGGAGGAGAGUCAGCUCUCCGGCGCAAAUCAGUUGCCUUCGUCGGUAGCGAAGAAGAAAAUACUUAUAAGUGAGGAUUACUCAAGCGACGGAGACGAAACGGAUUGCCUAAGCGAAGUGGACAAGAAGGAAAUGGAGUUGAAGGAGUCGGACAUAGUCAAUCUGAGCGUCAGCCAAGGCAAGCGCAUGUCAGUGAGCGCGGAGGCAUAUGGAGAGUGGAACAAAAAAAAACUAAACUUUGUUCCAAAAGUGUACAAAAAAGAUGAAAACGAAAAAGAAAAAAUAAGGGAAGCUUUAAAUGACUCCUUCCUAUUUAAUCACCUAAAUAAAAACGAAAUGGAAACCAUUGUGAACGCCUUCUUUGAUGAGCACGUGGAAAAAAAUGUUAACAUAAUAAACGAAGGAGAGGAAGGCGACCUUCUUUAUGUAAUUGAUGAAGGAGAAGUAGAAAUUUAUAAAAUGAAGGAAAACAAAAAGGAAGUAUUAACGAUCCUAAAGUCCAAGGAUGUCUUUGGAGAAUUGGCUCUACUGUAUAAUUCCAAAAGAGCUGCAACUGCAAAAGCUUUAACCAAGUGUCACUUGUGGGCACUAGAUAGGGAGUCAUUUACCUAUAUAAUUAAAGACAAUAUCGCAAAGAAGAGAAAAAUGUACGAAGAUUUUCUCACACAUAUUUCUAUAUUAAAAGAUAUGGAUCCAUAUGAAAGGUCCAAAGUUGCUGAUUCUCUAAAAACGAAAACAUUUUCAGAUGAAGAAGUUAUUAUUAAGGAAGGGGAACCGGGAGAUACUUUCUAUAUAAUCGUUGAUGGAAGCGCUUUAGCAAUAAAAGAUAAGACAGUUAUUAAGACAUAUAGUAAAGGAGACUAUUUUGGAGAGUUAGCCCUUUUGAAAAACCAACCCAGGGCCGCUACUGUUAAGGCCAAAGAUUCCUGCCAAGUCGUUUACCUCGACAGGAAGAGCUUUAAGAGACUUCUAGGACCCAUAGAAGAAAUUCUACACAGAAAUGUUGAAAAUUACAAAAAGGUCCUCAAAGAGUUGGGCCUAGACACGGCUUGCAUUGAAGGGAACUGA